AUGAAGAUUGGGAGGCGAAUAGGUAAACCCUUAAGAGUGGAUAAGGCGAUGGAGGAGCCAGCGAGAGGUGAGUAUGCUAGAGUUUGUGUGCAGGUCGACCUAACUAGACUUUUACUCUUCUUCGUUUAA